UAUAUGGUGUUUGCGUGCUCGGACUCGCGCGUGUGCCCUUCACACGUGCUGGACUUCCAACCGGGAGAGGCUUUCGUGGUCCGCAACAUUGCUAACAUGGUCCCUGCAUAUGAUAAGACCAAACACUGUGGAGAUGGGGCUGCCAUUGAGUAUGCAGUUCUGCACCUCAAGGUGCAAGAAAUUGUGGUGAUUGGGCACAGUGCUUGUGGAGGAAUAAAGGGUCUCAUGUCCUUCCAAUUAGAUGGCUCUUCAUCCACGUAA